GGAGGAUAUUUCAAAGACAACUGCAGAAGAACCCAAGGAAGAAGUCACAAAGAUUACUGAGCAAGAAAAUGAUACAAGAGGGAAACUUGAAAUGAGACGCCAUGGUUUGGCUGGGAUCCCAGGACGCACAGGUAGAUCAGACACCAGGUGUUGGCGGGAUGACAUUUGUUCUCUUGCUGUCUCGAGGAUAGCAAGUUCCCAUCCAGGAAUGGCCAGGGAUCUAGGUCAAGAAUUGGUGGACUUGGCUCAGGUGAUGCUUGCUCCCCGAUACCCCAGCUGGAGCAUCUUCCAAGAGAUCUGUCCCUUUUUAAAGGGCUCAUCAGACUUGUAUCAGGAAGUGGCAGAACAACAACUCAUUAUAACUGAAAAAGGGGUUCAAGAGGUCAAGAAAGAAGGAAUAGUACGAUUGAGGAAAAAAAGGGGUAAAAAAGUAUUAAAGGAGGGCAAGGCAUUUUCUCAAGUCAAGAAAAAGAAAAUUGCUUUCUUACAAGAUCACCUAGUCUUAGAGAAAAAGAAAUUUAAAAAGGAAGUAAGACAUCUGGCCAGGCAAGAAGGGAAAACAGCCGAGGAAGAAAGGAAACUGAGUAAGCCAGAGAAGAAAUUAACGUGGGAAAAGGAGAAACUGAUCAAAGACAAGAAUCUGACCCAUCAACAAGAAAAAAUAGCUUGGGAAGAAAAAACACUGGCUUCCUCACAAAAGAAAUUAACCAGGGGAGAGCAGGAGUUAGUUCUAAGAGAAAAGAAAUGGACUGGAAGAGACAGGAAAGUACUAGGGGAAAGAAAGGGAGUAAUCUGGAAAGAGGGGAAAGCAAUACCAGGAAGGAGGAAGUGGGACUUGGAGGAGACUUGGCUGGCCCAAAAAGAAGGCAUAUCGGCCCAGGAAGAGGGGUUACCUAUUUGGGAGGAGAUGAAGCUGUCCCAGGAAGAAGAGAAGGCAGACGAGAGAGAGGAGGAGACUGGUGAGGGAGGGGAGGACUUGGUUUGGGAUGAGGAGGAGCCAAUCCUGGACGUAGAGAAACAAGUUGAAGAGAAAAAGAAAAAGCCCUACAAAGAGAAGAAACACAUCCCAGAGGGAAAAUGGGCCUUUAAAAAAGGCAGUUUGGCAGAGCAAGAGAUUAAAUUGACACCAGAAAAGAAGAAAUGGUCAGUAAAGGAGAAAAAAGAGGUCCAUAAAAAGAAACAAAUCCAAGAAAAGAAAGAACAAGUUGAGAAACAGGAGAAAGAAGGCCAGAAAGAAAGGCAGGCCAAGAAAGAUGAGAAAGAGGCCAAGGACAAACAAUUAGCCUGGAAAAGAAAGAAACUGGGCCUAGAAACGGAGAAAUUUGGGGAAAUGAAGGUACUGUCACAAGAAGAUAAACAGACUGAGAAAAAGGUGAAAGAAGCUUGGGAAAAGGAGCGAAGGGCCCAGAAAGAGGAGAAAGCAACCAAGAAACAGAGACAACAGGUCUGGGGGAGAAAUAAAGUAGACUUAAGAGAGGAGGGACAGGGUGAUGAGAUGGAAAAAUGGUCACAGAAAGACAAGAAACAGGCAUGGGGGAAAAGAAUGCAGGAUCAGAAAGAGGAAAGAUUGGCUGGAAAAGUGGAGAAAGAAGAAGACAAGAAACAGGCAUGGGGGGAAAGAACACGGGACCAGAAAGAGGAGGGAUUGGCUGGAAAAGUGGAAAAAGAGGAAGACAAGAAACGGGCAUGGGGGGAAAGGAUAACACGGGACCAGAAAGAGGAGAGAUUGGCUGGAAAAGUGGAGAAAGAGGAAGACAAGAAACGGGCAUGGGGGGAAAGGACACGGGACCAGAAAGAGGAGAGAUUGGCUGGAAAAGUGGAGAAAAAGGAAGACAAGAAAUGGGCAUGGGGGGAAAGGAUGCAGGACCAGAAAGAGAAGAGAUUGGCUGGAAAAGUGGAGAAAGAGGAAGACAAGAAACGGGCAUGGGGAGAAAGGAUGCGGGGCCAGAAAGAGGAGAGAUUGAAAGAGGAGAGAUUGGCUGGAAAAGUGGAGAAAGAGGAAGACAAGAAACGGGCAUGGGGGGAAAGAACACGGGACCAGAAAGAGGAGAGAUUGGCUGGAAAAGUGGAGAAAAAGGAAGACAAGAAACGGGCAUGGGGGGAAAGAACACGGGACCAGAAAGAGGAGAGAUUGGCUGGAAAAGUGGAGAAAGAGGAAGACAAGAAACGGGCAUGGGGGGAAAGAACACGGGACCAGAAAGAGGAGAGAUUGGCUGGAAAAGUGGAGAAAGAGGAAGACAAGAAACGGGCAUGGGGGGAAAGAACACGGGACCAGAAAGAGGAGAGAUUGGCUGGAAAAGUGGAGAAAGAGGAAGACAAGAAACGGGCAUGGGGGGAAAGAACACGGGACCAGAAAGAGGAGAGAUUGGCCACAGAAAAAAUGAAACUGGUCCCAGAAGUGGAGGAGAAGAGAAAGGAAAUUGGGAAAGUGUCCCCAAAAGGAGAGCAACAACUCAUGAAAAAAGAGAAAGAAGCUAAGAAAGGGGAGAAAUUGUUCGGGAGAGAUAAGAAAGUGACUGAGGAAAAUAAGCAACGGACCUAUGAAAAAGGGCAACUAGCCCUACAAGGGGAGACACGGGCCCAGGAGGAGAGAAUGUGGCAUCAGAAAAAGGCAAAAGACAGUGAGCACAAGGAACACUGGGCUUGGGGAAAAGAGAAACUGUUUCUAGACGAGGAACAAGCUGGUGAAAUGGAGGAAAAAUCUCAGGAGAAAGCAAUUAUGAAAAAAGAAGGUAAAUUGUCCCAGGAAGAGAGACAAUUGGCAUAUGACAGGACCAAGGAGACAGACGUUGCCAACGGAAAAAAGAAAAGAACCCAACAGGAGAGGAUACAGGCAAUGGGGAAACUGGUGAUGAAGAGGAGGGUUAGUUCUGAAGAGAAAGAAGCUCUUUCCUUAAAUAGUUAUUUAAGGAUGAGAGAGCAUCAGUUGCGGAGGAUCCUGGCUAAAACAGUUAGAGAAAUUAUUAGAGUACCAUUGGAAGAAAUAAAAAUACCUGAGGAAGAGAGAUCAUCCAUUAUAGGAAGGAGUGAAAUUGAUGGCAAGAGGUGGGAAAUUCUUAAGGAGCAGGAGAAAAUAACCAAAGAAAAGGAGGUGGAUCAGAAAGAGAGUAAAGUAGAAGGUGAUAGACUGGCCACAGAAGAGAGGACACUGACUGAUGAUGAGGGCUUUGAGGAAGACCAGUGGUUACUUGAGAAGGUCCAGGAAACAAUACUAUUAGAUCAAAUCCAAGUAGAAAGUGUGUUAAAUGAGAUCCAGGAGCAAAAUCUAUUAGGAGGAGAGCAGCUAAAGGAACUUCAGAAGAGAAUUGAGAAUAAAUCAGAAAAGAUUCAGGUAAAGUGGUUGUUAGAGAAUAUCAGAGAUAUACUGUUUGAGGGCUUAUCUGAGAGCUUGACUGAGCAGGAAACAGAGGAAGGUCCGACUAAGGAGGGGAAAGAGGAGGAGAGUCUGAGCAAGGAGGAGAGAACGGAGAAGAUUGAGAGAGAGGAGGAAAGGCAGGAGGAGGAGGCAGCCUUGACUAAAGAGAAGGAAGAGGUGAGCAUACUUAAGGGGGCAGUGCUCUCAGAAGAGGAGAGAGUAUUGAAAACAGAGCUCUCAAAGGAAGGAGUGAGCUCGAGGCUAGUGAAAGAAGGCAAGAUCCUUGCUGAGGAAAGGGAGGGUACAGCGAGAAGGGAAGCACCCUUUAAGAAAGAAAGAUUCCUUGAUGGAAAGAGACAUCCCACAUUUAUGGAUAAGCUUAUUUGGCCAACAGUUCCAAAGAGCCCCUUCAAAAUACCACUCCCAGUAGCCCUGGAAAAAAAAGAGGGCAUGCCCCUGAAAAUAUUAGGGGAUCGUUUGGAUUUGGAAGGACGGGAAAGUCAACUUGGAAGGGCAAGUCCAAGGGGAAGAAAAGAGGAUAGGCUCUUGGAGAAAGCCAGGGGCAUAUUUUUACAAGAAACAGGCUUAGAGACACAGAUCCCACGAGGGCUCCACAGGCCAGGACCCUGCUUACCUGGUAGUAUCAUAAAACCACAAAAACCUGAACAUAGGCUCAAAGGUGGCAGGUGGAAGUGGUUCGUGAAGUAUCGGGAUUCCUCAGCAGGGAAAAGUGAGGGUCAGGCCCCAGCUCCAGCUCCAGUCCCAGCCCCAUCCCUUACUUCUCUGCCAGCUAAAACAGAAACAAGCUUCUCAGAUGAGGACUGGGUUAACAAUGCCUUAAUAAGGCUGAAAGCAGGAGAACAGCUUUCCAGGGACAGCUUCCAUAGACUGAACCAGCUCCUCAGAGACUUCACUUCAAAGGGAUACUUGAAAUGGAUGCAUUUGUACAAUCUUAAAACCAUUGCUAAACACUUGAGGCCGAACCUAGAGGCAAGUCACACAGAUAUACCACAACCCUAUAAGGAUGUUUUGAGUCCACUGCACCUAAAAGUCAUCCCUCCAAUUAGAAGAAUAGAAAAAGAGAGCUGGCGAGAGCCAUUGCCUAGCCCUGAACCAGUGUUACCAUCAGCUACUAGGACUCAAACCCCACAAGCCGUCAAUUGGCAUCUCUUAGCUGAGUCCUACAGGAAGAAGCAGGCACAACAGUUAUCCACUGCUGUCAAGGAAAUAAAGCACAUUUGUCCAACCAGAAAGGAUGAAAAACCCCUGGCCUUGAUAUUCCAGAAGGACUUCCAGGCCUUGAGGGGGAGGGGUGAGUCCCCCAAAUUUCACAAGGCAAAGAGGAAACCACUGCCCAUUCCUGCACCAGUGUUACCAUCAACCACCAAGGAGAUUCAAGUCCCAAUGGCUAUAAAUUGGCAUCAUCUAGGAGAGCCAUACAGGAGUGCACGGGUACAGCAGUUAAUCAGUGCUCUCAGAGAGAUGGAAAUGCGACACUUUUACCCUGCCCAAAGAGACAUUUUCCAAGGUGCUCGUGCCUCUGUGGAAAAACAAACCCUAGCACUGAUGUUUCAAAAAGAUCUCAGGGCUUUUAAGGGUAAAGGCAAGCUUCCCAAGUUGCCCCAGUUAGAGAAGGUAAAGACCAACUCUAAAAGACAGGAAGACGUGCCUCUAUGGGAGACAUUCGUGGCAUUGUACCAUGUUUUGCGGAUGUUGCAGGAGCGAUAUGCGGAAGAUGGUGCUACUUGGAUGGAACAAUUCUACCAGGUCAUGGACCUGUACCAACUUAAGUCCCCUGGAAUCCAGAGGCUUCUACUAGAGUUGCUGCAGAGAAGGGAACUCCAACCCCAAGAGACCAUCUACAAAAAGGCCCUGAAAACCAAGGAGCCAGUACUUGGUGAGAGGUUAUUCUGCGGCCUGUUUUGUGGUCGUUCCCAUACUCCUGCAGGUCCCCUCAAGUUCCAGGAUGUUAUACCCCUGCCUGGGCAGAACAGAGUGCAUACUCUCCAAAAUGUGGGCAUCGCUCGGUAUGGGUUCCUAGAACUUGCCUGGAAAAGUCUGCCACAAGUUAAUCCUUCACUUAUUGAGAGGCUGCCCAACAUCCCUACUCCCACUCUCUGAUUUGGCCUAAUA